UGAGCGCACGCGCAGUUGAGAGAACGGGCCUCGGUGUGUGGCGGUGUGAGUUCUGUGUAGUGGAGUCGUGUUGGCCCUCCGGAAACCCCGCGUAGCCGCCUCCACCGCCGCCUUCUCCUGUCUUCGCCAUGUUUCUCACCCGGUCUGAGUACGACAGGGGCGUGAAUACUUUUUCCCCUGAAGGAAGAUUAUUUCAAGUGGAAUAUGCCAUUGAGGCUAUCAAGCUUGGUUCUACAGCCAUUGGGAUCCAGACCUCAGAGGGUGUGUGCCUAGCUGUGGAGAAGAGAAUUACCUCCCCACUCAUGGAACCCAGCAGCAUUGAGAAAAUUGUAGAGAUUGAUGCUCACAUAGGUUGUGCCAUGAGUGGGCUAAUUGCUGAUGCUAAGACUUUAAUUGAUAAAGCCAGAGUGGAGACUCAGAACCAUUGGUUCACCUACAAUGAGACAAUGACAGUGGAGAAUGUGACCCAGGCUGUGUCCAACCUGGCUCUACAGUUUGGAGAAGAAGAUGCAGAUCCAGGUGCCAUGUCUCGUCCCUUUGGAGUAGCACUGUUAUUUGGAGGCGUUGAUGAGAAAGGACCCCAGCUGUUUCAUAUGGACCCAUCUGGGACUUUCGUACAGUGUGAUGCUCGAGCAAUUGGCUCUGCUUCAGAGGGUGCCCAGAGUUCUUUGCAAGAAGUUUACCAUAAGUCUAUGACAUUGAAAGAAGCCAUCAAGUCUUCGCUCAUCAUUCUCAAACAAGUAAUGGAGGAGAAGCUGAAUGCAACUAAUAUAGAGCUAGCCACAGUGCAGCCUGGCCAGAAUUUCCACAUGUUUACAAAAGAAGAACUUGAAGAGGUUAUCAAGGAUAUUUAAGAAAGUGAUCUUCAGUAUAUCUUUUGGGACAAUUUCAGUUCUCCUAAUGGCCCUUAAAUUUUAUUUCCAGCUCCUAUUUCUUGGAAAAUCUCCAGUGUAUGUGCAUUUUUUUUAUGAUGUCUGUACAUAAAGGCAGUUCUGAAAUAAAGAAAAUUUUAAAAUAUUUAA